UAUAAAAACACCUCUCUCCCUCCAUUCAAAUGAUCAAACUCAAUCACCAUAAAAUCAAAAAUUUGAAUCCUAAAUCAACCUAAGAUGUUUAGGCCUGCCUUAAUCCCCUCUCUCCUCUUCUUCAUCUCUCUCUACACAUCCUCAUCCCACGCACAAUCAUGCACCAACUACACCUUCACCGGCAACCACAUAUUCAGCCACUGCGCCGAUCUCCCGAACCUCAACUCCUUCCUCCACUGGAACUACGAUGAAUCCACCAAAACGGCCAAUAUCGCGUACCGCCAUGUGGAGGUGGCAGCGUCGAGAUGGGUGGCGUGGGCGAUCAACCCUACCGGCAGAGGGAUGAUCGGAGCACAGGCGCUCGUAGCGUUCCAGAAAUCAGACGGCACCAUGAGGGCGUACACGUCGCCGGUGAACAGCUACCAGGCUCAGCUGGCGGAGGGGGAUUUGAGCUUUCCGGUUUCUGAGUUGUCGGCGACUUAUGCCGGGAAUGAGUACACCAUCUUUGCCACGCUCAAGCUUGAUAAUGUGAGCUCUACCAUGAGUCAAGUGUGGCAGGAAGGCCCCCUCUCCGGGGAUUCCCCGGCGCAACAUCCCAUCUCUGGCGCCAAUGUCCAGUCUGCCGGGAACUUCAAUCUUCUUUCCGGUCAGACGGGGAGAACGUCGGGAGCCACCACCAUCGAUUCCCGCACCAAGAAAAAGAAUAUUCACGGAGUGCUGAACUCAGUGAGUUGGGGAAUACUACUUCCAAUCGGUGCCAUCACAGCGAGGUAUCUAAAAGUAUUUCCGGCAGCCGAUCCAACAUGGUUUUACCUUCACGCUCUUUUCCAGAGCUCGGGCUACAUCACCGGAGUGGCAGGCUGGAUCACCGGCCUCCAGCUCGGGAGCCAGUCUGCUGGAAUCACAUACACGGCUCACAGGAUCAUCGGCAUUGUCAUCUUCACCCUGGCGACCCUGCAGGUGACGGCUCUGCUUCUGAGGCCGAAGAAGGAGCACAAACUGAGAUUCUAUUGGAAUGUGUACCACCACUUCAUUGGAUACUCUGUUAUAGUUCUCAGCAUCAUCAACAUUUUCAAGGGCUUCAACAUCCUACAUCCUGAUCAGAAAUGGAGGACUGCCUACAUCGGGGUCUUGAUCGGCCUGGCUUCUCUCGCUGCCAUUCUCGAGAUCUGCACAUGGUGUGUUGUCUUGAAGAGGAAGAAGUCGAGCCGCCCUGACAAGAUGUCAAAUCGAAACCAUGGCUAUAAUGGAUAUGGUGCAAGAGGUCAAGAUACGGUUUGAAGUCUUUUGUAAAGUUUAUGGCUCUUGUUGGUUUUUCCAUGUUUUGUUUGGGAUAGUUAUAUAUGUUUAUUAUUUAUGGUGCAUAACAUGAUUUCUGAACCUCCUUUUGAUUCAAUUUUCAAAAAACAGAG